AUGUCACAAGCUCAUCGAUCGGUGCAUGUGCUCUUCCAUGUUCCAGAGGGCUUGGAAUUCGUGGCAAAAGAAGAGAUCAGCAAACGAUUGGAAUUGCCAGCUGAAGGAACCCGCUAUGUUGAAGAACCUGGCACUGGAAGGGUACAAGUGAUGAUGGAUCACAGCGACUUGGCAGACAUCAUAUCCAUUCUUCAAGACACUCCAUUAUCGAGCGUAUACGACAUUACACUUGUGGCCACCAAAGUCAACAUCCCACUCCAUGUUUUCAACAAUGUCGACGAGACGAACGAGUUUAUUUCCCACAUCACUGAAACGACAGCUUGGGAUCCUAUCGUGAAUGGGGUUCGUCAUGCAGCAACAACAAACAAUGCAUCAUCAUCUUCAUCAACCGAUGUCCCAACUUUUCGUGCAACCUUUCGCAAAGGACAACUUAAACAUGCAUCCAAAACCCAAGUACUUGCAGGACAAGUCGGCUUCUCUUUUGGUAAACGCUAUCCAGAUUGGAAAGUCAACCUCGAGCACUAUGAUCAUGAAGUAUUGGCAACUUGGAUGCGUCAAGAAAAGGAGGGUCCAAUCACGCUGUUACUCGGCAUCAGUCUCCCUGUACCUGAUACUCGGUACCGUCAUCGUAUCCAUUUCGGGAGAACAAGUUUGAAUCCGGCCAUUGCCUAUUGCUUGGUACAAUUGGCAGACCCUCAGCCAGGUCAAGUGGUCUUUGAUAUGUGCUGUGGUACUGGUACCAUUCCAAUCGAAGGUGCUGCGGCUUAUCCAGAUGCAAUGUGGUUUGGUAGUGAAGUCAAAGUGAAGACAUUAUCCGAAAAGGCACAAGGAAACGUAAAGCAUGCAGGGCUUACCAAUGUGGAUCUUUUCUUGGCGGAUGGACGUCAACUGUGCAUGCGGGAUGCUUCUGUGGAUAUAGUUAUUUCCGAUUGGCCAUGGGGAUUGCGUGAAGGAUCAUACUCAACCAUCCAAAAGCUCUAUCCAAAAUUUAUGCGUCAGAUUGGGAGAGUGUUGAGAUCGCAUGGCAAGGCAUACAUUGUAACGCAAGGACGCAAGUUAUUCAAUCGAGUGCUGGCGUAUCCUUGGUGCAAAGAAACUUGGAAUGUAGAUAAGGUGAUAUCGAUUGGUAUUGGUGGCUAUCCUGUUUCGUUGUAUAUGCUUAGCAAAAAGGAUUGA